AUGCUACAUAUCUAUGUGUCUUGUGGUUCAUGGAAAUCAGGGAUAGAUAAGAAGUGUGUUUUUGUGGCUGAUGGAGAAAAACGAGCUAGGUUAGUUGCUGUUGAAUCAAAUACGACUCUCGCAGAGUUAGAAACAAUGGGUCUAGAAGACUAUAGAGUAGUCGAUCACAAAGCUGAGUUUAGUUAUCUACCGAGUGAUUUGAUUGAUACUGUAGGCUCUCCACCAGUGAGUAUCGCUAAUGAUCGUCAGCUCAAAAAUUUUGUUGGGUACUCUAGGAAUAAAACCUCGGUAAAUCUGUGUGUGACAUUCACUGCGUACGCUGAACAUCCUGAAAUUCCGAUUAACAUCGAAUUGAUGAUGAAAGCCUCUGAUUCAAGCUGUAUUAAAAACGACCAGGUUGUGAAGUUAGGCGAUGAUGAUAUUAGAGGCAUUGGCCAUAAAGUUGAGGAAGAGUUUGAUGAACCCGUUAUGGUUGAGAAAAAAGUUGAUGGUGAGCAGAACGUUCGGCUUAACUUGCUUGAUGUCGUAAAGAAAGAUCAAAUUUUUAGAAGCAAAACAGAGUUGAAGGCUUCUUUGGAAAUUUCUGCGAUGAAGUAUAAUUUUGACUACAACGUACUGGAAUCAACCAAACAUGUGUGGUGUUUCCGCUGCAAAGAGAAGUCAUGCAACUGGCGUAUUCGUGCACAGUGUCUUGAAGGGUCAGAGUAUUUCAGAAUCAACAAGUAUGUCGCUCAACAUACAUGCGCUCCUUCUAAUAAAGACGUAGUCGGUAGGACAGCUUCAGCAAAAACUAUUGGUAAUCUGAUUAAGAAUAAGUUUGAGGGUGCUAAUGCAGGACCUAGCCCUAGAGAAAUAAUUCAUUUUAUUCGUACAGAGCAUGGAUGUGACAUCUCUUAUGACCAUGCUUGGGAAGCACGUGAGUAUGCGAUUAGUAUUGUUCGAGGCAUUCCCGGGAAAAGCUAUGCCAAAAUUCCUAAAAAUUUGCACAUGCUGAAAGAAGCGAAUCCAGGAACCCAUACGCAGUAUGAAACUGACAUUACUGGACGUUUCAAGUUUCUGUUCCUCUCUUUCGGUCAAUCAGUACGAGGUUUUUACAAAGCUAUUCGCAGAGUGAUUGUUGUGGAUGGGACAUUUUUGAAAAAUAAAUAUAAAGGAGUUUUACUCGUUACUACAGCAUUAGAUGGCAACUCGAACUUAUAUCCGAUCGCAUUUGGGGUUGUCGAUUCAGAGAACGACCUGUCUUGGGAGUGGUUUAUGAGGCAACUAAAAGUUGUCAUUGCGGAUGAGGUGCGUUUGGCGUUUGUGUCAGAUAGAAAUGUUUCUGUAAUUAAAGCACUUGAGAAAGUGUACCCACAAUCUAGCCAUGGUAUCUGUAUCCACCACUUUCUGAAUAAUGUGAUAACAUUUUUCAAGACACAGGGUUUGACUGGUUUGAUUGCGAAGGCUUCUAAAGAGUACAGAGUUUCUGCUUUUGAUACCAAGUUUGCUGCCAUUUGUUCUAUUAGUCCAGCUGUUGGAAAGUAUCUUCAGGACGCUGGUGUUGAGAAAUGGGCACGAUGCAAAUUCCCCGGAUUUAGGUACGAUGUUAGAACCACUAACCCAGCUGAGUCGAUAAAUAACAAAUUGCUAACUCCUAGAGACUCGAAGCAUCAGGCUCCUCUAACAGUUGAGGUUGAGACGAAGAUCGAGAGAAGGAUUGAUAAGGGUAAACCAUUCAUUGUUUACCCAGUUAGCCAGGAUCGAUUUUUGGUCAGAGGUGACAAAUAUGACUGUCUUGUUGAUUUGGACAGAAGAACUUGUUCAUGUGGCAAGUACGACUUGCUUAAAAUUCUGUGUCGGCAUGCAAUUAAAGCAGCGUUUUCUGUGUACCAGCAGAUACACAUUCUCACCGAUCAUUAUUACACUACUGAGGCAUGGAGAACAGCUUAUGAGGAAUGCAUUAAUCCAAUUGCAGGUCCAGAGGAUGAUUGGUGUGUCCCUUAUCAUGUUGAACAUGCCAAAGUUGUAGAACCGGAAUCGCGACGAGCAGCAGGACGCAGGAAAAAACGACGAUAUGAAAGUGUGGAAGACAAGAUACGAGCGUCCCAAGGAUCACAACGGACUAAGAAGCACAAGUGCAGUCGCUGUGGUAUCGAAGGACAUAAGAGAGGGGCAUGUGACAUGCCAAUAUAG